AUGUCGCUGUCAUCGGACGAGCUAGAAGACCUUCUAGCCUCACCAGCGCUGGAACCGCCAGAGGGUGUCACGCCGAACUUCGACAACCCGCCCAACCAAAAUGGCCUUGCUUGGGCUGUGACAACAGCAUGUAUGGUGAUUGCCACACUGUGUCUAUUUGUGCGCUGCUACGCACGUUUGUGGAUCGAGAAGAAAGUCCGCAUCGAAGAAGGUACUGCGCCCCUUUCAAGAUUCAGCGCCGUAAAACCUUCCACUGGAGCUAUGGAUAUCUCCGCUGACUGUCAUAUUCAAAAGGGAGCGUAUUGGGGCGCGGCGUAUGCCGCUUACGGCAUGAUUUGGACACCAGGCUAUUAUGUACACACAUGGAAUCUUCGGAACAAAGAUCUCAUUCAACCUCUAUAUCGUUAUUUGCAUCGUACCGCUGACCCGCGAAAGUUGAUUCUUGUUUAUGGAUGUUGUUACUCAGCCGUCCUGCCCUUGAUCAAAACCGCCAUCCUACUUGACUGGUGCCGAAUCUUCACCGCUGGCGACAAACGAAAAAGUGUAUUCUGGUGGUGUUGCAUGGGCGUCGUUGGGUUCCAGUGUCUUUGGGGAAUACUCUGCAUCAUUCUGCUGAACAUGCAGUGCACCCCUCAUAACGCAAUCUGGGAAUUCUACGUGCCUAGCAAGUGUUUUGCACUGCCAAAGGUAAUGCUUACGUCGGCGAGCGUGCAAGUUGCCACGGAUAUUGUGAUGGUUCUGCUACCACAACGGAUCAUUUGGGGGCUGCAAAUGAAUUUGCAAGGAAAGAUUGGAAUCUCGAUCAUCUUCGGAGUUGGCAUCUUGGCAUCGAUCGCCGCUUGUUUCCGUCUCGACCAUACGAUCGCGUUCGCCAAAGCAGCGGACACAAUGUACUUCAUCGGCCCCUUAUUAUUCUGGGCAUGUGCUGAGAUGACCUGCGGCUUCUUUAUCCUCAGCGUUCCCUGUUUGCCAAAGGUAAUCAGAGAAUCUGGCCUUCCCCGCAAGGUGAAGAGCGCGCUUGGUAUCAGCGUAAAGACAACAAACCCUUCGGACCAGAAGUCAUCAGACUACGCGACUGGUUCCACACCGCAGCGAUCAAAGUCUGGACUCCACGCAGACAGCUAUUACAAGAUGCGGGAUGACGGGGUGUCUAUGACUAAUUUUGAUAGAUCGGAAUCGCAAGAAGAGCUCCAUGGGGGCCCUUCUGUUCAGAAUUCCACGCGAAAUGGAAAGCUUGGUGUGCAGGUCACCCGCACGACUCUGAUCACGGUUACCUCGGGGUCAAGAUCCGGCAGCGACACGGACGAAAACAUGACGCCUUGGGCUAAAUGA